AGUAAUAAACAACUGAAUCCUUGAUAAGUCUCCACCUCUUGCACUCGUCUCAAAUAGAGAAGUGGAAGCCAAAGAAAAGAUAAAAGAUAUACUUGGGGAGAUAUAUACAAAGUUGUGAAAUGGAAAGCUUAGAUGAAUAUCAGCUGUACUGGGAAACCAACAGCUAUUAUCAUGCUGAAGAACUCGGCAGCUUGUUGCUGGAUGACACAUUAUCAGCCUACUACGAUUCCAGUUCACCAGACGGAGGCCAGUCUUCAACUGCAUCAAAAACAAUAGUUUCGGAAAGAAACAGAAGGAAGAAACUAAAUGAUAGGCUCUAUGCUCUCCGAGCUGUUGUCCCUAACAUAACCAAGAUGGACAAGGCAUCGAUUGUGAAAGAUGCAAUAAGCUAUAUUCAGGAACUACAAGAACAAGAGAGAAGAAUUCAAGGUGAAAUAGCACAACUCGAGUCCAUGGCUUCCAAGAAACAAGAUUUGUGUAGUGAGGACUCGAAACAAGCAGACCAGACAUCAUCUUGUAAGAAGAAGAAGAAAACUGUGCAUGAGCCACAACAGCUGUGUUCCCAUGACUCCGGGGGUUCAAGAUCAUCAUCAUCAUCAUCCCCCAUCGAAGUCAUUGAGCUGAGGGUGUCGUAUAUCGGAGAAAAAACAAUUGUGGUGAGCCUGACAUGCACUAAAACAACGGACACAAUAAUCAAGCUCUGCCAAGUUUUUGAAACAUUGAAGCUUAAGAUUAUCUCUGCCAACAUUACUUCCUUAUCUGACACCCUUUUGAAGACAGUUUUUAUCGAGGCUGAUGAGAAGGAGAAAAAUACAGUGAAGUCGGAGAUCGAAACUGCUGUAGCAGCUCAUAAUCAUCCGGACAGUCCAAUGAGCUGCUAACUCAACAGCAUACAUAUUUUAGGUGCAGUAAUAUCGAAAACUCUUGAUAGUGACUUCUGUUUUUACGUGGGUGAAAGUCAGAUAAAAAGACAAGAAUUGCGUGGGUGUAUUAACUCUUGAUUCUGCAAAGUGCAGUCUUCAUUAUGAAGACUUCAUAUACCAAAAAUAGUUCGACAAUUCUUUGAUUUUUAUUUGAUUUUUAUCUGUUUGUGUGUGUAGUUUUAUCUAUUUCGGCGGGUGUAUAUUUUUCAAUGAAAUAACAUGCAACUGUUUUCUUGUA